AUAUUUAGCAUUACAUCAUCUUUUGUACUCAGUGACCUCGCCUCGUGUUGAUAUACAUUGGCUAAAGUGAAACUGACUAGCUAGUUGCAGUAAACUAUAUAUGCUCGUUACAUGGUGGCAGCGGCGGGAUCAACUACAAAGAAAUGGCAACAGGUGGUUAUAUAUUACCACCUCCACAAACUCUGGAAAUACAUGACACCCAAGCAGCAGAAAAAUGGAAAAAAUUCAAACGAGCAUGGACUAACUAUGCACUAGCAACGGAGCUAAACACCAAAUCAGAGGCAGUUCAGGUGGCAACUCUACUCACUGUAAUUGGAGAAGAAGCUCGCGAAGUAUUCUCCACGUUCACAGACUGGGUAGAUGAUGACGAGGCCAAGAUACUACCAGUGCUGGCCAAAUUUGAACAGUAUUGUCAGCCCCGGAAAAACACUCCUUUUGAGAGGUAUAGAUUCAACCGUCGGUCCCAAGAACAAGGUGAAUCAUAUGAUCAGUACAGAACAGCCCUGAGAAAGCUAGGAGAAAGCUGUGAGUUCCAGACUAUCACUCCAGACGAGAUACUAAGAGACAGAUUGGUCUUCGGGAUCCGAGAUCCAAAAGUACGAGAGCGAUUAUUGCGAGAGUCUAACCUAACGUUGGGGAAAACCGAUGAAAUAUGCCGUGCCGCAGAGAGCAUGAUGAUGCAGAUGAAAGAAGUGGACGGAAACUCAGGAGCCACUAUAUGUGCAGUCAAGUCAGAAGUCGAACGAACGAACCAAGAGGGCCGCAGUGGCCGAGAAUGUUGGAAUUGCGGUAGAAAACAUGAAUUCAACAAGAAAGAACUAUGUCCAGCCUAUGGUAAAACGUGCAAUAAGUGCCGUAAACCAAACCACUUUGCAGUGAAAUGCAGAAGUAGGCAAACUCUGAAGGAAGUCAAAACAUUAGACGAGCAAGAGGAAAUCUUGCAAACAGGAGUGCCAGGAACAGGCAUAGAUGACUCUCAGUUGGUCACACUCAAACUAGAGAGCGGAAACUGCUUACGCUUCCAGGUGGAUACGGGAGCGCAGUGCAAUGUAGUCCCGUUAGACUUAUACAAGAAAGCAACAAAAGACCACAACCUAAGAAAUGUCAAAUCCACCAGUCAGAAGAUCAUUGCGUAUGGAGGUACUCAAAUUCCCGUGUACGGUAUUGCUACCAUCGAAGUCUCACGUGGAAGUUCCAAGUACAAGCUAGCCUGCAAACUAGUCAAUAAGACGAAUUACCCGACCAUUACUAGGAAGGAAAGC